AUGAGAACGGAUUGCCUGGAGAAGCAAAUUGAAACAUUGAAAAAGUGCGAAUUGUUAUCAGAAAAAGAUGUAAAAUAUUUAUGUGGAAAAGCCAAGGUAAUACUGAUAAACCAAGAUAACAUCAGAUAUGUAAAUCUACCAGUAGUAAUAUGUGGAGAUAUACAUGGGCAAUUUCAUGACUUAACAGAAUUAUUCCAUAUUGGAAAUGAGCCACCAGAAGUUAAUUAUAUAUUUUUAGGGGAUUAUGUAGAUAGAGGAAAAUAUAGCGUAGAAACGUUCCUUUUGCUUUUAGCAUUAAAAAUAAAAUAUCCAAAUGAAAUAACAUUAUUAAGAGGAAACCAUGAAUGUAGGCAAAUUACUGAAGUAUAUGGAUUUUAUGAUGAAUGUAUAAAAAAAUAUGGUUCUAUAAAUGUGUGGAAAUACUGCACAGAUCUAAUGGAUUAUCUCUGUAUAGGAGCUAUUAUUGAAAACAAUUAUUUCUGUAUUCAUGGUGGAUUAUCACCAUCAUUUCAUCAGAUAUAUGAAUUAAAUAAAAUUAAUAGAUUUCAAGAAAUUCCAAGAACUGGAUCAUUAUGUGAUAUUAUGUGGUCGGAUCCAAAUGAUAAAGAUGGAUGGGAUCAAAGUCCAAGAGGUGCUGGACAUUUAUUUGGACCUGACACUGUUCAUAAAUUUUGUCAUCUCAACAAUAUUCAAAUUAUUGCAAGGGCUCAUCAGUUAGUUAUGGAAGGGUACAAAUGGUGGUUUGAUAAAAAAUUAGUUACAGUUUGGUCUGCUCCUAACUAUUGCUACCGAUGUGGAAACAUUGCUAGUAUAAUGGAGAUUGAUGAAAACGAAAUUUUCAGUUUCAAGUGCUUUGGACCUUCGUCCUUCGAGAAUAAUUCAAAUGAUUUUGUCAAAAAGUAUCCCCCAAUAUACUUCUCUUGA